GUUUGGGAAGCUGCGUCAACUCUCUUGCGUCACUGAAACCGUGGAGCCCGUGCUUUACCAAAACUAACCCGCCCCCUCACAGACAUUUAAACACACUAAUUGAACGGUCUUUUGUUUUGUAAACUAGCGGUCUUUUUUUCUUGGCUCUAACACACCCACAUACAGGUUCCUUUCCUUUAGGCUCCGUCCGAAUUAGACUCCAGGUAGAUUGUGAACUUUAGAAGACUAGUUUUAAAAAUUGCGUGUCAGAAUGGCUCCCAGGCUGCUCAUCCUCUUCUCUUUGUGUUGUGUGAUAUGCAGUCAAGAGACCACAGAUCCCAUCUCAUUGGAUGGCUGCUGUCAGGAUGGUAGAGAGAAGGCCACAGAAUCCCAGGAUUGUACACGUAUCCCUCUCAUUUCAGCAUCUUCUACCUGCAGGAUAGCCCAGGAACAGUGCUGUGCAGCUGUACUGGAGGAUAUCACAUGUAGUAAGGGUAUCAAUACGGCCAAAGACCAGGGCAGUUGUGAUGCGCUCCUAUCUGGAAACACCUGUGAGACUAAAACCGCUAAGGUGUGUUGUGAAUGCUGUUUACUGGGUCGGGAGGCUCAGAAGCAGGGUCAGACCUGUGACUUCAAACUUAGCUCCCAGUGUGGCCCUGUGUUUCAAACCUGCUGUAUGGAGAGUUCAGCACAAAGUGACAGCAACUCUACACAAGAGAACACUGGUGUGGUUGAGCAAUUACAUUCAGAUGAAAAAUGCAAAGUUGGACCUGGGAAUUGUGCUCAAAGCUGUAUAGGAAACACUUGUGCCUGCUUUGCAGGUUAUAAGCUCAAACCUGACGGGAAAAACUGUGACGACAUUAAUGAGUGUUUGCUGGGCUCUCAUCACUGCCGUCCUGGUGAACGCUGUAUUAACACUCAGGGCUCGUAUCGCUGCCAGAGGGAAGUCAGCUGUGGCACAGGCUAUGAGCUCACUGACAACAACAGCUGCAAAGAUAUUGAUGAGUGUGAGACAGGCACUCAUAACUGUCCUCUGGAUUUUGAGUGUCAGAACACACCGGGGUCAUUCCGCUGCCGACCCAAGGUGCAAUGCCAUGUGGGAUUCAUACAGGAUGCUCUGGGCAGCUGCAUUGAUAUCAAUGAGUGUCUGAAUGUGACAGCACCAUGUCCAGCUGGCCAGGUGUGCUUGAACACUGCUGGCUCAUACACAUGUCAGAGGAAUUCUGUUAACUGUGGCCGUGGCUACCACCUUAAUGCUGAGGGCACACGUUGUGUGGAUAUUGAUGAGUGUACCGGUAUGGAUGAUGUGUGUGCUGGUCACAGCUGUGUCAACCUUGUGGGCUCUUACCGCUGCGAAUGCAGAACUGGUUUUGUCUUUAAUAGCAUCAGCAGGGUCUGUGAGGAUAUUAAUGAAUGCCGGUAUUAUCCUGGUCGCCUGUGUGCACAUAAGUGUGACAAUAUUCUGGGGUCCUACAAGUGCAGCUGCACCACAGGCUUCAAGUUAGCCAGUGAUGGCAGGAACUGUGAUGACCUCAAUGAGUGUGAGAGCAAUCCCUGCAGUCAAGAGUGUGCCAACGUUUAUGGCUCCUACCAGUGCUACUGCCGCCGAGGCUACCAACUGAGUGAUGUGGAUGGAUCUACAUGUGAAGACAUUGAUGAGUGUGCUUUGCCCACUGGAGGGCACAUCUGUUCCUACCGUUGCCACAACACACCAGGCAGCUUCCACUGCACAUGUCCUGCUCAAGGCUACACAAUUGCCCCUAAUGGACGCAGCUGCCAAGACAUUGAUGAGUGUGUGACAGGGACACACACUUGCUCAGAGACAGAGAGUUGCUUUAACGUUCAAGGAGGAUUCAGAUGCCUGAAUUUCGAAUGUCCAACCAACUACAGGCGCUCAAGCGAAACACCAAGGGUUGACCGCUCUGACAUCAUCCGUUGUGUAAAGUCUUGUCAACCCAAUGAUAUCACCUGUGUGCUGGACCCUGUUCACUCCGUCUCACACACUGUCAUCUCUCUACCAACUUUUAGAGAGUUCACUAAACCAGAAGAAAUUGUUUUCCUGAGAUCCAUAACCCCAUCCCACUAUCCACAUGUGGAUUCCCCAGAGAUCGUCUAUGACAUUCAAGAGGGAAACAUCCAGAACUCGUUUGACAUCAUUAAACGUUUUGAGCAUGGCAUGAUUGUGGGUGUUGUAAGACAGGUGAAGCCCCUGAUUGGCCCUUUGAGCACAGUUCUGAAGCUAGCCAUGAAUUACGUCACAAAUGGAGUCAUCUCUCAUCGGAACAUCAUCAAUGUUCACAUCUAUGUCUCUGAAUUCUGGUUUUAAAUAGACCUAGCUAUCAUUUAGAUGUCUAUUUUCGAGCCUUAACUAUGCACUCUAAAGUUGUCAAAAUGCUUGCAUGCCACAAGAUAAUACAGAGUAUAAUAAUAAUAAUAAAAGUUAAACUUUUAUUUUGAUAAUAUAGUUUAGACUGUCUAUAAACCGUCAUGAAGCAGUGUAAAGUAUCUAUAUUGUAACAGCAUGUCAUAAACAGUAUCAAUAGAGUCCAUACGGCCUGGAUCUGAAAUUGUGCGAGAACGAGAGAUGAGUUGCUAAUCAAUAGAUGAGCUAAACAUCAACAGCCAUUUACUGAAUUAUCCAGAUAAAAUAAAAGCAAAAGACAAAAUGUGAGACUCUAUAGAGUAUUUAUAGAUUAUCUACUAAAUAUUAAAAACCAUAAAUGCCUGACUUAUUGUUGAGAAUUUGUUGAUGGCCUCAUUCUUCACAAUUAAUCUGCAAAACAGUCAUUUGUCACAGAUUUGCAUAAAUUAGCCUUUCUCGGUCUGGAAAUGGUCACUACUUAUUUUUAUAAAAGGAAUGAAUUUGCCCUGUUGCUAUUGUAUGAUUUUUUUUUCAUGUUUCUUAUGUUUAAUUAAUUAUCAUUCAUUCAUUCUUCAGGAGCCACUUUUAUCCCAGUCAAGGUCAAAGUAGAUCCAGAGCCUAUCCCAGGAAGACAGUGCAAGGCAGCACAUUGAAUCAGACACCAGUCCAUCAAAGGGCACUAUGCACAAAUAUUCACAAAUUCAUUCACACUGAGGGGCAAUUUGCCAUAGCUAAUUCACUUAUUGCCAGAGAAACCAGAGGGUAUGUACACUGACAUGGGGAGAAGAUGUGAAACUUUGUACAGAUAUUAACUAGGGCUCAGGAUCAAAUGGUCAUCCUACAAUUAUUAUUAUUAUUAUUAUUAUUAUUAUUAUAUUAAUAAUGCAUGCAUGUUUUUUCUGCAUCAGUUUUGGGGAAUUAGACUGAGACACUGGGAGUUAAUGUAAGCUUGUUUUUCAGGCAGGUGGACUCAUGAUGCUAUUGUAUGAACAAAUGGUUGACUGUUCAUUCACUAAUUGUACACUUCUGUAUACAACUAUUCAAUUCAUUAUGAAUGUAUCAUUAAAACAAAUGUUAUUUCAA